AUGAGGUAUAUAAUGAGGUAUAUAAUGAGGUAUAUAAUGAGGUAUAUAAUGAGGUAUAUAAUGAGGUAUUUAAUGAGGUAUAUAAUGAGGUAUUUAAUGAGGUAUAUAAUAAGGAGACGCUCAAGAAUUUGCUUCAGUAUCAGUAUCGAAUUUUUCACAGAACCUCCCGGAAAGACCUCAGUACGAUGCAGAAUGUCGAUCAGUGAUUGGACCAUCCUUCAACUGCACAGCGAGAAACGCCUAAGAAUUUGCAUCAGUAUCAGUAUUGAAUUUUUCACAGCACCUCCCGGGAAGACCUCAGUACGAUGCAUCUGUAAAGGAGUUCAUCAUGCGUUGGUGGCCAGUGGUGUACCGGCAAUGGUUUACUAUCCGGACGGCAAUGGUUUACUAUCCGGAUGA